GCAGGAACUUUAGGUUGGGUUUUCUCUACGGGGACAUCAUUUAUGGUCACACUAGGGGAAAAUGGAAAUAAGCAACGUUUAUCAGUUCAUUUAAACAGUAUUGUAUAAACCGAUUGAAGUGUCCCUGUACCUGCUAGCGUACCUACUCAUUGAACAGUGCACCAUCCAGAAGUGCUUCUGAUGAAGGCGUUUAGGUAAUUGUUUUAAAACUCUGCAAGACAACAUGUCUGAAGAGGCAUUAUCAGAUAGUGACCUGGAGGCCAGCAUCGACAGUGAAGGGGAUUAUUUGGAAAAUAUGGAAGAGGAGGAUGAUGAGGAGGAAAUGGAUGAAGAUGAAAACGAUGGAGAUGAUGAGGAUGAGAGUGUUGAUCGACCUGGAAGCAACCAGAGCCAAACGGAAGAGGCUCAAGAUGAAAAGGAAUCUGCUACCUCCGGAGAUCCUUCUUCUCGGCCUGCGUCGGGCUCAUCUUCCAGGGCUCCCUCCAGACCUGCGUCGCGUUCUCAGUCUGCAGCGAGUCCCGAGAACUCCAGUCGGAACAAACCAUCCAUCACAAAAACAAAGAAACAUAAAGCCUCUAAAUUAUCCAAACCUGCAAAAGGUUCCAAACCUCCCAAGCAAUCCAAGCCUGCACACAUGAGGAAAAAUAUCAGGAAGCUGCUCCAAGAAGAUCAGCUUGAGGCUGGAACCAAGGCAGCUCAGCAGGAAGAGAUGGAGCGACGGAAACGACUGGAGCAGCAAAGAAAAGAUUUUCCUACUCUGACUCCAGCUGUUCCCGACGCUCAGCUAGUGGACGCAGCAGCGUUAUUAGGCGACGUAUCCCAUUUGGUCCCCGCCAUACUUGGCCAGCAGGACAUCAUCUGUUUGGACAGCAGUGGUGAGGAAGACGAAAAAGAGGAGCCAAAGUUGCCUCCGCUUGCCAUCAGAGAUGAUGUAAUUGAGCUCAGCUCAGGAGAUGAAGACACCCUGCACAUAAGCAGUGAGUCGGCUGACGACGACGCCGAUGGCGUCCCCGGCUCGGAGGAAAGCAGCGGCGCACACAUCAACGAUGCGCUCAACCUGCCGGAUGCUCAGGGUCGGGUGUUGGUUAACAUAAACCACCCUGCAGAAGAGAAGGACAUUUUUCUUGCCCCACAGCUGGCGAGGGCUGUAAAGCCUCACCAGAUUGGUGGAAUCCGGUUUCUCUACGACAACCUGAUCGAGUCUCUAGAGAGGUACAAAACCAGCAGCGGCUUCGGCUGCAUCCUCGCUCACAGCAUGGGGCUGGGCAAGACGCUCCAGGUCAUCUCCUUCAUCGACAUCCUGCUGAGGAACACGGAAGCCCACACCGUGCUGGCCAUCGUCCCUGUGAACACGCUUCAGAACUGGCUGACAGAAUUCAACCUCUGGCUUCCUCCUGCUGAGGCUCUUCCUCCCGACACCGAUCCUUCGCUCGCUCUGCCUCGCACAUUCAAAGUUCACGUUCUCAACGAUGAGCACAAAACUACAGUUGCCAGGGCGAAAGUGGUGGAGGAGUGGUCUAGAGACGGAGGCGUGCUGCUGAUGGGGUACGAGAUGUACCGCCUGCUCUCCAUGAAGAAGAGUUUUGUGAUGGGGAAGAAGAGGAAGUCGAAGAAACCUGCUGGACCCGUCAUCAUUGACCUCGAUGAGGAGGACCGACAGCAGGAACUCAUGAAAGGUAUUGAAAAGGCCAUAGCGCGGCCCGGUCCGGAUGUGGUGAUCUGUGAUGAGGGCCACCGCAUCAAAAACUACCACGCCAGCACCUCCCAGGCCCUGAAGAACAUCCGCUCUCGGCGCCGCGUGGUGUUGACCGGUUAUCCGCUGCAGAACAACCUCAUCGAGUACUGGUGCAUGGUGGACUUUGUCCGGCCCGACUUCUUAGGAACACGGCAGGAGUUCAGCAACAUGUUUGAGCGGCCCAUCCUCAACGGUCAGUGCGUGGACAGCACGCCUCAAGACUUACGCCUGAUGCGCUACCGCAGCCACGUGCUGCACAGCCUGCUGGAGGGCUUCGUUCAGAGACGAGGCCACGAUGUGCUGAGAGACCAGCUGCCAUCCAAAGACGAGCACGUCAUUUUGGUGCGGCUGUCUGCUGUCCAGAGGGCGCUGUACACCGAGUUCAUGAAGCGUUUUCGAGAAGCGGGGAACAGCGGCUGGCUCGGUCUAAACCCGCUCAAAGCCUUCUGCGUGUGCUGCAAGAUCUGGAAUCACCCCGACGUCCUCUAUGAGGCCUUACAGAAGGAGAACCAGGCCAACGAGCAAGACCUGGACCUUGAUGACAUCACUACGGCGGGUAACGCCCGCUGCCCCGCACCCAGUUCUGGCCUAAAGGCCAAAGUGACCGACUCGAGUAACAGCAAAGUCAACAGCAGCCUUCCACCACUCAACGCCUCGCAGGACAGAACCAACCAAGUCAUUACAUAUGAAUGGGCAAAAGACAUCAUGUCCAACUACAAGAUGGGAGUUCUGGAGAAUUCUGCCAAAAUGUUGCUGCUCUUCUAUAUCAUCGAUGAAAGCGUCAAGAAAAGAGACAAAAUUUUGGUCUUUAGCCAAAGUUUGUCUACGCUGACGGUCAUUGAGGACUUCUUAUCAAAGAGACCGAUGCCUCAAACGGUCAGCUCCUCUGACGGCCAGAACCAGAACCAGAACUGGGUUCGCAACCUCAACUACUACAGAUUGGAUGGGAGCACCUCCGCCUCGGAGAGAGAACGCCUCAUAAACCAGUUUAACGAUCCAGAGAACAACAAAACCUGGGUCUUCCUGCUCUCCACCAGAGCGGGCUGCUUGGGGGUAAAUCUGAUCGGGGCCAAUCGCGUCGUGGUCUUCGAUGCUUCCUGGAACCCCUGUCACGACGCCCAGGCUGUGUGCCGCGUGUACCGCUACGGCCAGGUCAAACGCUGCUACAUCUACCGGCUCGUCUGUGACUUCACCCUGGAGAAGAAGAUCUACGACAGACAGGUCUCCAAGCAGGGCAUGUCUGAUCGCGUCGUGGAUGAUUUGAAUCCGGUGCUGAACUUCACUCGGAAGGAGGUGGAGUCUCUGCUGCACUUCGUAGAGGAGGAGCCGGAAUCGGAGAAAGUCUCUCUGGAAUCCCGGAAUGAUUAUGAAGAAGUGAUGUUCAACGCUUGUCGGCUCUACCCAAACCUCAUCACAAAGCCUCCUUUCCACCAUGAAUCUCUGCUUGUGGACCGUAAGGAAUCCAAACUGACUAAAGCUGAGAAAAGAGCUGCAAAGAAGAGCUACGAAGACGAGAAGCGAGCGUCCGUGCCGUACUCUCGGCCGUCCUACGCUCCCUAUUACCCAACCAACGACUUCACGCUCGCUAGCAUUGCUGCGUUUAACCAGCGGGGCUGGCACCACCUGUCGAGGCCUGAUGACAAACCAGUGGCGAGCGUCCGGCCCAUCCAGUCAACUCCGAUUCCCAUGAUGCCUCGGCAAGCCGGCAUGGGCAUGGCUGGCUCCAGCUCUGCCGGCAGCCUCCCCGUCAACUUCCUGCAGAAAGCUGGAGUUUACGUGCAGAGGAUUGUCACCACGACAGAUAUUGUAAUUCCAGGAGCUAACAGCACAACGGAUGUUCAAGCUCGCAUCAGUGCUGGGGAGGUCAUCCAUAUCAUUAGAGGGUCUAAAGGUACCUACAUCAGGACAAACGAUGGAAGAAUUUUUGCCAUCCGCUCGGGGAAGAUCAGCCGACCUGUCACCACAGGGUCCACUGUUCCAGGAGAAGCUCAGGGCCCGCUGCUCCAUCCCGUCAGUAACGGCUGUUCUUCACCUGUGGACCAACAGCGCCGCUCCCCGCUCAGCGACCAGCGCUCGUCCUCUCCACUCAGCUCAGAGAUUCUCCGAGAGAUCAGCCGCUACUCUCUGUCUGCGGACGACGCCCCUGGUGGCGCUGAAACCGCCUCGCAGUCGUUGUCUGAUGCGGCGUUGACGCCGGCCGCUGACGGAGACAAUCCCCAGAGUGGCGAGCGCAGCCGCCAGCUGAGCGACGACCUGCUGCGCUCGGCGCUGGAGAUGCGGGGGAGCAAACGCAAACGCGAGGAAGGUCCGGGGAUCACGCAGAUGCAGGACAAACCCAGCUCCGCUGCAGCCCAGUUCCCAGGAAUGUCCAUGAGCUCCAGCGGCCUCAGCUUCCCCCCCGUGGGUUUGAACUCCUCCUCCUUACUGGGCCACAUGAGUCACCAGCUGCUAAUGGCGGGCGGCGGCGGCGGAUCGUCAUUCCUUCAGAGGCCGGGGCAAACGAUGGCGGACCUGCAGACUAUGUUUCCCUCGCCGAGCACAGACCUUCUGAGGCAGCCCCCCACAGGAAACGGGCAUCUUCCUCCUCCCUCCUCAUCCUCUGCCUUUUCCUCCGCCGCAACCACCAUUCCAAUGUCAUCCGCGCCCCCAGCGGCGACUUCCUCCUCCUUCCCGUCGGCCUCUCUCCCGCCAUACCUAAUGAACCCGAACAUGGCGGGGCUGCUCACGUCCCGCUUCCCUCUAACUUACAGCCAGUCGUUGCUCUCGGAGCCGAGGAUGUUCCCCGGGACGCUCCUCCCAGGAAGCGGGGGGUUCUCUGCUUCUAACUCCAGCUCCGCCUCCAGCUUCCUCCCCCCUUUCAACAACCCCACUUCCAGCCUUCUGGGGGCGGCGCUCACUCAACCAGACAGAUAUCCCGGCGCGGUAAACGGAGGGGACAGUUCGGAUGAUGACGUCAUAGAGGUGACUGGACAGUAGAGCCCCAAACGUCCCACAUCGUGCGUUUACCACAAAUCCAUGAGGUUUAGGAAUCAACCGGACGUGGUUUGUUACAUUUCAUCACAGUACCUCACCAAAUGUCUCCAACCAUUACUAUUUUUUCAUAUUAAUAAAGAAAAACACAAAUUCAUUCUCAGGACUUUAGGUUUGCUAAUUCUGAAAUUACAAACAAGUAGAGUUUAUUAAAGUCUCAUGGUGUGGAUUUUUCAGUUUUUUUUUAACAUUUAAGCUUCAGUCAGUAGCUGAAGCAAACCACACUUGCAAAAAAAAAAAAAAAAAAUCCCCAAAGCAGCGUGGACUCUCACCUGUAACCCUACCUUAGUAACUCUAACAAAAAAACAAAAUCCUGAUGCUGAAAAUCCCAGAGGAGUUGGAGCUGCAGAGCUUUGUUUCUCCUCCUGAUUCAUCUUCACAUCUAGUGUCAGCCAAUCACAAUCCAGAUGGAAAGGAGGGAUUAAAAACUGUUGGUUAUGUUGCGAAACAUUUCGUGGGCGUUGCCGUCAUUCGUCGCACUAAUCUCGGAAAGUAGACCAUUGAGUUUUAGUAGAAAUCUGAACACUACCAUGAAUAGCAGCUCUGGCGACAUAUUUAGAAAAAAAAAAAACUUUUAAAAUGUAGGCAUAUUUUAGUAUUUAGCAGUUUGAUAGACAUUGUAGCAUCCCCUGUUGAGA